GAAUAUAUAUGUUUAAUAGAAAUAUUAUUAAUAAUUAAUUAAUGCGUUUAUUUGUAAUGUGUAGGCAACUACACUAAAGUCAUAUCCGGACGAGCUGGCUAUGACCGCUUGGAUAUGCUUAUUGGCGACAAUCGAGGGUGGCGUUGAUCAUGGAGAGGGGGAACCCUGCAGUUUGGGCUAUAAAGUGGAACACCACACUUCUAGCAACACUCUACUGUGGGAUAAUAUGUUCAGGUGUUGUUUACUAUGUCCAAGGGAUCAUUAUGAGAGAAAGAGGUCCGGUUAUUGUGAGUGUAUUUAACCCAUUGUGUAUGAUAAUUGUAGCUUUCAUGGGAUCGCUUUUUCUAGCUGAGAAAACAUACCUAGGAAGGGUUCUAGGAGCAGUUGUCAUAGUUGUGGGGCUUUAUAUGGUCGUUUGGGGUAAAUGCAAGGAGCAUAAAGAUCCAUCCAUUUCUAUGGAUGAGCAUACAACACCCGAAAACCAAAUAUUGGGUAAAGAGUCUGAGACAAAUUGCAACGACCAGGUUAUUGCUAUCAAAACAUCUGAUGAAAUUUGCGAUAAACAUGAUCAGACGGCUGAUGUUUGAUAGGCGUGUUCGGUUUCGGCAUGCAUGGGGUUGGGUCGUAUCUUUUAUUAUUUGUUUCGUUUCUUUUAGUUAAGUGUAUGACUAAUGGGUGUAGAGGGGGAUGCCCCAUACCCCACAUUA